AUGAGAGGUUUUCUUCUUGUUGUGUGGUUGUUGGAGCUGGUUUGUGUGGCGGUGACGGCGGUGAACCCCUCUCUGAACGAUGACGUUUUGGGUUUGAUUGUGUUCAAGUCUGACAUACGAGAUCCGAAGGGGAAGCUUGCGUCUUGGAGCGAGGACGAUGAGAGUGCGUGUGGUGGUGGUGGUUGGGUUGGGGUGAAGUGCAACCCUAGAUCCAACAGAGUAGUGGAGGUUAACCUUGACGGGUUCUCUCUCUCUGGGAGAAUAGGUCGAGGGUUGCAAAGGUUGCAGUUUCUGAGGAAGCUUUCUCUGGCAAACAACAACCUCACUGGGGGGAUAAACCCCAACAUUGCUCGAAUAGAUAGCCUUAGGGUCAUUGACUUGAGUGGCAAUAGUCUCUCAGGGGAGGUCUCUGAUGAUGUUUUCCGACAAUGUGGGUCUCUCCGGGCUGUUUCCUUGGCUAGGAACAGAUUUUCUGGGUCUAUUCCCUCUACUCUGGGGGGUUGUUCUGCUCUUGCUUCUAUUGACCUUUCCAAUAACCAGUUUUCUGGUUCUGUUCCCUCCGGCGUUUGGUCUUUGAGUGCUCUUAGGUCCCUAGAUUUGUCUGAGAACUUGUUGGAGGGAGAGAUUCCUAAGGGGGUUGAGGCAAUGAAGAAUUUAAGGAGUCUUAGCUUGGCAAAGAAUCGAUUGACUGGAAGUGUUCCUGGUGGGUUUGGGAGCUGUUCACUUUUGAGGUCCAUUGAUUUGGGGGAUAAUUCAUUUUCUGGGAGUAUUCCUGGUGAUUUCAGGGAACUGACAUUGUGUGGUUACCUUAGUUUGCGAGGGAAUGCUUUCUCUGGAGGGGUUCCUGAAUGGAUUGGGGAGAUGAGAGGUCUUGAGACGUUGGACCUUUCUAACAAUGGGCUUACUGGUCAGGUGCCAAACUCUGUUGGAAAUCUUCAGUCAUUGAAGAUGUUGAAUUUUUCUGGGAAUGGUUUCACUGGUAGUCUUCCUGAGUCUAUGGCUAAUUGCACGAAACUUUUGGUGUUGGAUGUCAGCCGAAAUUCGAUGUCUGGAUGGCUCCCAUUGUGGAUUUUCAAGUCGGAUUUGGACAAGGUUUUGGUGUCGGAAAAUGGAGCCAGUGGUAGCAAGAAAAGCCCUUUGUUUUCCUUGGCUGAAGUUGCAGUUCAAAGUCUUCAAGUUUUGGAUUUGUCUCACAAUGCAUUUUCUGGUGAAAUCACAUCCGCUAUUGGAGGUUUAAGCAGCUUGCAUGUUUUGAAUUUAGCUAAUAACUCUCUUAGAGGUCCAAUACCAGCUGCAAUUGGUGAGUUGAAAACAUGUUCUAGUCUUGAUUUGAGCUAUAAUAAGCUAAAUGGAAGCAUACCGUGGCAAAUAGGAGGAGCCGUGUCCUUGAAAGAACUGGUACUGAAAAAGAACUUCCUAAUUGGGAAAAUUCCAGCCUCCAUUGAGAACUGCUCUUUGCUAACCACUCUGAUUCUAUCGCAGAACUGGCUUAGUGGCCCUAUACCCACAGCAGUUGCAAAACUUACCAACCUGCAAAAUGUGGACUUAUCUUAUAAUAACCUUACUGGAAACCUUCCUAAGCAAUUGGCCAACCUUGCCAAUCUUCUUUCCUUCAAUUUAUCUCACAACAACCUUCAGGGUGAACUGCCGGCAGGUGUUUUUUUCAACACCAUUUCGCCCAGCUCUGUUUCUGGCAAUCCAUCACUUUGUGGCGCUGCAGUAAACAAAUCAUGCCCUGCUGUCCUCCCAAAGCCUAUUGUUCUAAAUCCCAACACUUCUACUGAUACUGGCCCGGGUGCAAUGCCACAAAAUUUGGGUCACAAAAGAAUCAUUCUCAGCAUUUCGGCACUCAUUGCCAUUGGUGCAGCUGCUGUCAUUGUAAUUGGUGUUAUUAGCAUCACUGUUCUCAAUCUCCGUGUUCGCACCUCCACAUCUCGAGAUGCAGCUGCCCUCACAUUUUCUGCAGGAGAUGAAUUCAGCAGAUCCCCGACUACAGAUGCCAACUCUGGCAAGCUUGUCAUGUUUUCGGGUGAGCCUGAUUUCAGUUCCGGUGCGCAUGCUUUGCUUAAUAAGGACUGUGAGCUUGGCCGUGGAGGAUUUGGAGCAGUGUACCAAACGGUUCUUAGAGAUGGGCAUUCAGUUGCAAUAAAGAAGCUCACUGUAUCAAGCCUUGUCAAGUCUCAAGAAGAUUUUGAAAGAGAAGUGAAAAAAUUGGGAAAAAUCAGACACCAAAACCUCGUGGAACUCGAGGGUUAUUAUUGGACUCCGUCUUUGCAGCUUCUCAUAUAUGAGUAUGUAUCUGGUGGUAGUUUGUAUAAGCAUCUCCAUGAAGGAUCUGGUGGAAACUUCCUCUCAUGGAAUGAGAGAUUUAAUGUAAUUCUCGGAACGGCCAAGGCCUUGGCACACUUGCACCAUUCCAACAUUAUUCACUAUAACAUUAAGUCAACCAAUGUCCUUCUUGACACUUAUGGUGAACCAAAGAUAGGGGACUUUGGCCUAGCAAGACUGUUACCAAUGCUUGACAGAUACGUCUUGAGCAGCAAAAUUCAGAGUGCACUCGGCUACAUGGCACCAGAGUUUGCCUGCAAAACGGUGAAAAUCACUGAGAAAUGUGAUGUAUAUGGGUUCGGUAUCCUGGUUCUGGAGAUCGUUACGGGGAAGAGGCCUGUUGAAUACAUGGAGGAUGAUGUGGUGGUACUUUGUGACAUGGUGAGAGGGGCAUUGGAAGAAGGCAGGGUGGAGGAAUGCAUUGAUGAGAGGCUCCAAGGGAAGUUCCCAGCAGAAGAAGCCAUUCCUGUGAUGAAGCUGGGCUUAAUAUGUACUUCUCAAGUGCCUUCAAACAGACCUGACAUGGGAGAGGUUGUUAACAUAUUGGAGCUGAUAAGAUGUCCCUCUGAGGGACAAGAAGAAUUGGGAUGA